AUGCUUCGCGUGGCACUCCAGCCACACCGAUCAUGGGUGCUGGGGGUUCUUGAGGAGUUUGACCACUACACUUCCAUGGCCAAACUCAUGUCAGUCUACCCAGCAACCAACAGGAGCACCUUCAACUGGACAGACAGCCGCAUCGUUGAGUGGGAGAAGUUUGCCGAGCUGGCUAAAUAUGAGCCAGAAUCCCAGAAACCAACAGUGAAAGCUCUCCUUGUCGUGGCGUACUCAGUGAUUAUCAUCAUGUCUCUUUUUGGGAACAUGCUGGUGUGCCACGUGGUGCUGAAAAACAAGAGGAUGCACUCGGCCACCAGCCUCUUCAUCGUCAACCUGGCGGUGUCUGACAUCAUGAUCACGCUGCUCAACACGCCCUUCACCCUGGUGCGGUUUGUGAACAGCACAUGGGUCUUCGGAAAGGCCAUGUGCCACGUCAGCCGCUUCGUGCAGUACUGCUCCCUUCAUGUCUCCACACUGACCCUCACUGCCAUCGCCCUGGACAGGCACCAGGUCAUCCUGAACCCGCUGAAGCAGAGGAUGUCCCUAACGAAGGGAGCGCUGAGCAUCUCCAUCAUCUGGCUGAUGGCAACCUGCUUCUCCCUUCCCCACGCCAUCUUCCAGAAGCUUUUCCAGUAUCACUACAGGGAAGCCACUGUCCGGAGUUUGUGUCUCCCCGAUUUUCCUGAGCCUGCAGAGCUGGUCUGGAAGUACCUGGACCUGUCCACCUUUCUCCUCCUCUACCUUCUGCCUCUGCUGAUCAUCACGGUCACCUACACGCGCCUGGCCAAGAGGCUGUGGCUGCGCAAUGCCAUCGGCGACAUCACCACGCAGCAGUACAUCGCCCACCACAGGAACAAGAAGAAGAGCAUCAAGAUGCUGAUGCUGGUGGUGGUGGUCUUUGCCAUCUGCUGGUUCCCUCUCAACUGCUACGUGGUGCUCAUCUCCAGCCUGGGCAUCAGGACGAGGAACUCCCUCUACUUCACCCUGCACUGGUUUGCCAUGAGCAGCACCUGCUACAACCCCUUCAUCUACUGCUGGCUCAACGAGAGCUUCCGCUCCGAGCUCCGGUCCCUGCUCUGCAUCUGCCAGAAGGUGCCAGGGGCUGGGGACAACGUGCUGCCGCCUGCGGCCACGUCCUGCCGCGAGGC